AUGGCAUGCACACUGACACUCGAUGUAUCACCUCCAGUGCAUCAUUGGAUGAAUACCACUCUUGACAGGGAUGCUUUCAAGAAGACUAUCCCUGUUCUUGCCGCCAGAGUCCCUGCUUCCAAAACAGGAUCCCUGUUAAAGUCUGAUGUUAUGAAAAAGUCCCUCAUGGAUUUGCCAAAAGUACACAGUGUUCUUCGGGACCCGCACAAUGACCUUGAGAGGUUGAUAUUGCUGAAUGUAUCUGAGGAUGCUGCCCUCACGACUGAGGUUCACAAUUUCCUGCAAGAACAGUCUGCUAUGCUGGUUACACACAACCUAGACUUGACUUAUGACCACUGGACAGCUGAUGAAAUAUUACAGUCGAUAUUGCCUGAAGAGCUUUGCAAGGGCUCUCCAUUGGGGUUUGCAAUCACCGGCCACCUAGCUCACAUGAAUCUCAAUAAAGAAUAUCUACCCUAUAAACACAUCAUUGGUCAGAUCAAAAAUCCUAUGAUCCAGACAGUUGUCAAUAAAUUAGACAGUAUUGAUACAAAGUACCGCUUCUUCAAAAUGGAACUGCUUGCGGGAGAACCUAACUAUGUCGUUGAACAUUACCAGUCCAAUUGCCAUUUCACUUUUGACUUCACCCACAUUUAUUGUAAUUCACGGCUCCACACAGAGCAUGAUCGGCUUGUCCAGCACUUCAAACCAACCGAUGUCAUUGCAGAUGUAUUUGCUGCUGUGGGUCCCUUCGCAAUUCCUGCUGCCAAGAAGGGGUGCAUGGUAUUUGCGAACAAUCUUAACCCUGAAAGUGCGAGAUACUUGAGCAAGAAUAUCAUUGACAAUAAAGUCGCAAGUUUGGUCCAUGCUAGCUGCGAGGAUGGUCGUGAUUUCAUUAAAGAGGUUGUUGCCCAUGUGAUGGAACACCCUUUCCCUGCAUAUACCGGACUGAAACUCAGCAAGAUGCAAGAAAAGGAUGAGAAAUGCAGGCUGCAACUAGCAAAACCCUCUCAGCCUGCUGCACUUGCACCGGUUGAUCAGUCAACUGUGAAGGAUCAGUCUCCUUGUCAAGCCAAUCGACAGCUCCCAUCAGAUGUCUGA